AUGUCUAUUCAGCAUGAAAAUUCUGAUAUAAAAGAUGGAUCAGGUCCACAGAAAAGGCUAACAAAUCUUAUGCAUCAAGCUGGGAACCAUUUUUGUGCUGAUUGUGGAACUCCAGAGCCAAAAUGGGUAUCUUCAAGUCUUGGAGUAUUUAUUUGCAUCAAGUGUUCUGGCAUACAUAGAAGUCUAGGAGUCCACAUAUCAAAGGUUCUAUCACUGAAGCUAGAUGAAUGGACAGAUGAACAAGUUGAUGCAUUAGUGAAGUUAGGUGGAAAUACAUUAUUAAAUAAGAAGUAUGAAGCUUGCCUCCCAAGUAAUGUAAAAAAACCAAAACCAUAUUCCUCCAUCGAGGAGCGCUCUGAUUUCAUUAGGAGAAAAUAUGAGCUGCAACAAUUUAUGGAAAGUGAUGACAAUUCUUCAUGCUCCAUUGUACAAUAUCAAGGAAGAAGAAGUACAUCAUUGCCUCCGAGCAGUUCUUCAUGUUACAAUUCUCAUAUGGACAAGAAACAAUAUGAAAAACACCCAACCAAACAUCAUCGUAUUGGACAUGCCUUCCGAAAUAGCCGGACAAGAAAAGAUUCUGAGCACAAGUCUUCAAAGAAGAGUAACUCAUUGGCAGGUAUGGUUGAAUUUGUUGGGUUGAUCAAGGUUAAUGUCGUUAGAGGCACUCGUCUGGCAGUUCGAGAUGUAAUGACCAGCGACCCUUAUGUCAUCCUUUCUUUGGGACACCAAUCAGUAAAAACACGGUACAUAAAGAACAAUUUGAAUCCAGUCUGGAAUGAAAGCCUAAUGCUAUCAAUUCCAGAGAACAUUCCUCCUCUUAAAGUGCUUGUGUAUGAUAAGGAUACAUUUUCAACUGAUGAUUUUAUGGGUGAAGCUGAAAUAGACAUUCAACCUCUAGUUUUAGCCGCAAGGGCCUAUGAGAAAUCUACAAUAAAUGAGCCUAUGCAGCUUGGGAAAUUUUUAGCAAGCAAUGACAACACUCUUGUUAGAGAUGGUAUCAUAUCCCUUGAUGAAGGCAAGAUCAAACAGGAAAUCUCAGUGAGGUUACAGAAUGUUGAGAGAGGUGUGCUGGAGAUUGAGCUUGAGUGUGUUCCUCUUACUCAAUAG